AUGGAAGCUAAGAACGACCAGAACAGACUGGACAUGCAAGUCAAACUGCCAUCUGUAAAGAAAUCUGAUUGCAGUUCAUCAUCUGACUCUGAAGAUGAAAAGAAAAGUGUGAAGUUGCCAACCAUCAAACCUGUUGUUCCAGACUUGAAAAUGCCAUCAGUUGAAACUAAAACCAGAAGCAGGUCAUCAUCAGAGUCCAGUGUUGAGAAAAAUGUUGGAGGGGGCAUAGAAGUGAGCAUUCCAGACAAGGACAAAAAACCUGGCUUCUUUGGAAAAUUGAAAGAUUUGGGAGCAAAAAUCAGCAGGAAGAGAUCUUCCAGCAGCAGCUCCACAUCUGAUGAUGAGGAUACAGAAAAGAAACCUGACCUAACCAAGCCAGGUAUCUCAAUGACUGGCUCAGUUGGAGUUGGAGUUCCAGAUGUGGAGUCUGCAAGUGGUACAAUUUCAAUUACCAAGCUGGAUCCUGUUCCUGGAAGGAUUAAGUCUAGUUCAUUUAGUCUCCAGGAUGAGGAAAGGCGGAAGGCUUUGAAUUUGGUAUCUGGCAGAGGAUCUCUGCCUGUCUACACUCACUCUGUGAAUUCUGCCACUAGUUCUUCAGAUUCAAAGGAGGAUUUGUCAAAUGAGCAUAUAGGCAGCAAGCCUGGAAAGAAAGAUAAAAAAUUGGGAUUGUUUGGAAAACUGAAAGGUUUCGGUGGCAAGAAGAAAAAGAAAGAUGACCCAACUUCAAAGUUGUCUGAUGUGGAAGAUGAUUUCGACGGAUCGAGAAAUAAACGCAAAUCGGAUCCUCCCGUUGUUGAGGGAAGAGGGUCACUUUCUUCUGGAUCCACUUCGAUUAACCAUGAACCUGGAAAACAUGCCCACGGGAAGGGGUUGAAUAUAAAAGGAAAGCUCAAGAAGUUGCAGGUAAAGAUGAAACCCAAGGUUGAUGAUCACGAUGCAGCAGCUUCUCCAGCAGUGGAUGAGUUUGUGCAGGGCUGCCUGGAUGCCCACAAUUCUUACCGAGCCCUGCAUGGGGUUCCCAGCUUGACCCUUUCUGCUGAGCUGUCAAGAAAGGCUCAAGAAUGGGCUGAGACUCUCAUCAAGAAAGACAUCCUGGCUCGGCAGGAUCAAUCCAACUUCAAUGAUCCUCUCGGGGAAAACAUUUUCAGCCUUCGAACAAAUUCGAAGCAGUUUACAAUUUCUCCAUCUCAGCCAGUCGAUACUUGGUACCGAGAGCACUCGAAGUUUGAUUGGUCUUUUGAGCCUGACGGAACAAAGUUGGAUUCCGGGCACUUUACUCAGGUUGUAUGGAAAGACAGCAAAGAACUUGGCAUCGGCAAGGCAGAGAAAAGAGACGACAAGGGCUCCAGAACUGUUGUUGUCGCCACUUACUAUCCAGCCGGGAAUUACCUUGGGAAAUUCCGCGAUAAUGUACUUCCCAGGAAAUCAUCUCUGAAAGCAACUAGGCGUGAUUCAGCCUCUAGCAGCAGUUCUGCAUCUUCCAGCAGCAGCAGUGAUGAUGAGAAAAGAACGCAAAAACGUGUUUCUGCAGGAGCACAGGCAUCAGCUUCAUCUGAGAGUGACAUUGGCAUCAAAGAAGCAGCUGAAAGCAGGCUCGUGAAAUUAACUGAGGAAGAUCUCGUUUUCGCGAGACAUUUGCUCAAGAAUCACAACGAGUACAGAAAGGGCCAUGGUGCGCCAAAGUUGAAACAUAGCAAACAGCUCACCAGAGUUUCAAAGGAAUGGGUGACCAAGCUUGCUCGAGAAGGAUCAAUCAAGCAUAGAACCGACUCGAAAUACGGCGAAAAUCUUUUCAUGAAGUGGAGUAGCAAUGCGAAGGAUACAGUUUCAAGCCAGGAAGUAGCUGAUCAAUGGUAUCAUGAGAUUGAUCAAUACAAAAACUGGAACAAUGAGCCAAAGUCCUUCGACUUGAAUUCUGGACAUUUUACGCAAAUGGUUUGGGAAGGCACCAGGUACAUGGGAGCAGCCACUGCAAAAACCAAGGAUGGCAAAAGCAUAGUGGUUGCCAAUUACUACCCUCCAGGCAAUUUCAUGGGCUCAUUCACGAAAAACGUGAAGCCACCUCUGAAAAAAUGAACAAUAUUUUAAAUGUCUUUUUCGAAAAAAAUACGGUCAAAUGAGGGAUAUUUUUCGAAAUAUUAUCAAUAUGUUUUUCUUAAUUAUCGAUGGAAGUACUGUACGCAUAUUCCGUUCUUCUUUUUCCGUGACAUCAACAAUUUUCCGAAUCAAAACGUUAUUUUCAGUUAUACGCGUACGUGAUUGCUUCUGUAGAAAAUUAGGAAUAUGGUUUGCGAAAUGCAUUUUGCUGAAGGGAAAUGCAGCGGAGUAAUGGUUCGAAAAAUCAGCAA